AUGAUUCUGAGUCAGAAAGAGAGUGAAAAUACAACCGAGCCCCAAGAAGAAAGUAAAACUGACAUUAUAAUAACAGAAAUUAUUAAAAAUAGGGGAAUCUUAAACUCCCACUAUGAUUGAUUCAUAAAUUCUGCCUUCCAGGCUCUGCUAUGUGUUAAUGAAUUCGUUGAUUAUUAUUGUGAAAAUAAUACAUUCAUUGAUAGUGAUGAAUCUACUACAAUAAACCAUUAUCUUACUCAAGAUUCUCACAGUGAGAAAUGAUACUCUUCGAAAUUAAAAGAGUUUAUCACUGAAUACUUCUCAGAUAGUGAAUGCCCAAUAUGGAACAAAAAGUUUAGAACUCUUUUUGAUGAAAAGUAUCAUCCUUCACAGCAACAUGACGCAUCUGAUUUUCUGAUGUGUUUGUUUGAGAUUCUUCAAAAUGAGCAUAAUCCAACCUCCACAACUUUUAUAUCGUCUGGGCAUGAAAAUGGUCAAGAUGCUUGGCAAGCAUAUGAAAGAGAUCACAUUUCAAUUGUUGAUCAGUUAUUUGUUGGCAUGUACGAAACAGUAUUUACGUGUUGCGAAUGAGAGAAAGAAGCUAAGGUUUAUGAGGAGUUUAAUAGCGUACCAAUAGAAUGUCAUCUGAAGGAUCAGAACAAAGGUUUCAAAACAUUUAUUGAGUCAUCAGAGAAACAAUAUUCUCAAAUGAACUGUGAAGUAUGUUAUGGCCAACAAAACUGUACAAUUCAAAAGAAAAUUAUAAAAUAUCCUAAAUACCUCAUCCUUGUCUUCCAAAGAUUUGAUUCUUCAACUAAUUCAAAAAUCACUGAUCCCAUGGAUUUCCACACAAAUUUCACCCUACAAUCCCCAAAAAAUAACCCAAUCAGCUACUCUCUUUUCAGCUCAAUUCUGCACUCAGGAAGCCUCACUUCCGGUCACUAUACAUCGAUCUGAAAAAGAGGCUCCAACUGGUUCGAAUUUAAUGACUGCUCUUUCAAGCUUAUCUCUAAUAGCGAAGUUAAGACCCCAAACGCUUACAUCCUCUUCUACAAACAAGAUCCUUCAGAACUCCAGAUUGCCUAAAUCAUUAAAUUUCAAC